CGUUGCGCGGGAGGGUUGCAUUGAACCAAAUCGGCUUUUGUUAUCGCAUUCUCCGAGCACUUACAAUAGAGUUCAGAGAAUUGUAUGUCCAGUUCUAAGUGUUAAAGCAAACGAUACUUCUGAGGUAUUAUAAUUCCAUAGACAAUAAACACUAAUUCAUAUUUCUCUUGGUGAAUUUCAGUGAAAAUAUUUCUACCUUUUUUGUAUUAGUUUUUCAUGAUUUUCAUAUACGUACAGCCUUGAGACGUUUUCGUGAAGUGCUCACAAAUAAAAAAUAUUGGUAAUAGACGUACUUAUAUUACAUUUAAAUUAAAAACGUUUGAAAAGUCAUUAUGUGAUUUUUAUACAUCUGCUUCAACUAAAUUUGGAUCUAAAGAGAGGAAGGAAGGUUUAAUGCCUAUUUAGGGGCGUAUAUUUCAAGUGGCGGUCGGCGAGUGUUAACGUUGGCUGUCUUCAAACCUAUCAGCAUGAAAAUCAAAUUUGAUGUCACCUUAUCAGGGUAUUUCAUUCUAGUCUGUUCAGCAGGGAUAUUGACCCAGGCAGCUCAUUUACCAAGUCAGGCAACAGGUCAAGGUGUAUCUCAUGGAGGUCACGGGGGGAGUCACAAAGAUCACGGGGAUGCUGAACUCGGAAAGAAAGACGAGUUGGAAGUGGAGCUGCUUAAGCUGAAGCAUUAUGGGAAUGAAGACAAGGCAGACCCCGCUGGAGCAUCGUCCUCCUCCCUCAGCGGCACCUCAAGGGGUGGCCAGCCAGAAUACACAAAUGAAGACCUGGAAGAAGAAUUACCAGCUGUGCGUCCUCUUGAUAUCCCGCUACAUAUCUCAGAACUGAGACGUCAUCCCUACGCUACGAGUACAAUGCACACAUUUGGACAGUCGGAGUUUGAAGAGCUGACAACCAUUGCCAGCAGGACGACUGAACUGCAGCCAACACGGAAACCUGAAGGCAACAUAAGGGAUGAUUCUUAUUGGGAUGAAGAUGAUGACUCAUACGGUGCAGACCGUUCCAACCCGUCUCUAACGGGUGUCACCACCCCUGAGUAUUAUACAGAAAACAGGACUGAUGUCGAAAAGGCGGAGAAUAGCGAGAUUAAUGAUGAUGAUGAUGAUGAUGAUGAUGAUGAUGAUGAUGGAUAUGACAGUGAGGAUGGUGGUGAUGGUCACGAUGACGACGACAUUGAUGAUGAUACUGACGAUGAUGACAGUGAUGAGACGGAAACAAAAAACCCCAAAGCAAAUUAUGAAGGCAAGAGAAGGAUGUAUGGGAAGAAAAGCAAGCAGCGUGUCACAUCAGAUGAAACAACAUUUCAUUCAUCAAAGAAACCUACAAAAUUUGAGGACAGUGUUGAGCACGGAAGACAAAGGAUAGAAGAUGAUUCGGACGACUUUCCAGCAUCUGGAACGAGGAAAGAAGGUGAAGGGUCAAACUCAACCUUAACAGGUGCGCCUCGCAGUGCGCUGGAACGAGAUCUGGCGACAGUCCUAAGGAAUGGGAGCCCAGAAGCAGAGGACCAGGAGGCUAGGAAUGUCACCAAGAGAGUACGGAAGGAGAAGAAAAAGGAACCGGGGGAGGCCAAUUCCUAUGCAGUUCGAAAUCUUCAAGAAAUCAGGGAGCUGGAGAAGAAAAGAAAUAUUCCUCAGAAGCUUGUGGACGCUGUGAGCCCGAAAGCGGAUGAGGACCUUCUGGAGCUGAUGGUGCACAUAGCGGAGAACCCCACAGAAUGGCAGCUUGUUCAUCAAGAGCUACAGCAACUGGAUCAAGAUCUAGCCGCUUCAAGAGAGUUGCUGCAAGGAACGAAGUCCCUAGGAAAGUCAGACAGCGGAACAGAGGAAACUAAUGCUGCCGUGGGGGGUGCUGUUAAUGUACGCAGCAACAAGAGCAAGGAAAAGGCACGUCAUCGAAAACACCAGCAGGCUGACAAGAAGAAGAAAAAGAAGAAACAGAAAGGAAAGCUCAAGGCGAAUAAUGAAAAGGCACAGAAACAGGAAGUAAAAGGUGAAGAGGAAGUUAGGAGAGAAGAGCUACAGAAAGCGGGCGUUCUGCUGCCUGUUAAUGUAGUGUUCAGGGGCAAUGAGAAAGGAAAAACUGUUAAAGAAACUUCUAGUGUCAAAGGUUAUUUGACCGAAACUCUUAAAGAGCCUUCGAAGUCGCACAUAAAGGGAAAAUCUAUGCAAAAUCUAGAAUCUGAAAACACUUCAGACAAAAACCAAAACAGAGCACUGAAUUCAGACAAGGAAAUCAAAGGAAACGAAGGUAGAGAAUGGCCAAUUAGGAGUGUCCAGAAAUAUAAACUUGAUCAUAUGUCAAGUAUAGAGUCAGCGAUCGCUUAUUUAUCACAGCCUGAACAGGUUCCUUCCCAUUUAGAAACCAACAGGUUGCCUAUUCCUACAAAACUGAGUGUUGUUCCUCGAGAGCACGAUUGGCCUGAUUCUCUGAAAGACAACGGGCUAGAUCAAGACCCCACAAAUGCUUGGUCAAAACAUUCAGCGGAUUGGCUCCAUAACAAAAAUAAAUGGCUUGGCUUGCUCAGUAAUCCAGUUCAGGACAUGACAAAUUCUCAAAGGAAGCCAGACGAUUGGGCCACUAUUCCAGCGAUUUCCGAAUCAGUGUACAGAGAGACGGGCAGGAAUGAUCUCCCGGGAAUACAUGGCUUCAGCCGGUCGGUUAGUAAGGAAGUAUCUGAGAACAGGCUGCCUCAUUUCGGUGCUUCUCUUGGUAAGGAUAUACCUGGAAAUCAGGCGUUCACCUGGAGGGAACUGCAGACUAACAUCAGCAGCUGGCCGGGUCUGAAUCCAAAAGAAGAAAGGAGAUACUAUACUGGUGAUCAAGUGUACAGUAGUCCAAAUACGGGGUGGCCCAGAUUCUCAGUAGAAUCUCUCAAACAUGGUAAUCUUGCGGGUAACGUGAAAACAUUGCCGGACCUGCCGAUGGACCAGAGUAUGUCUUCGAAUAAAGAUGGUUACAGCAUUGACGAAACUUCAGAUAACUGGCCAAACUUCCCCCUUGAAACGGGUAUUUCAAUCCAGAGUCCUGUCACAUACAGUUGGCCUAAAUACACAGAUGAAGUUACAAAUCAGAACAGUAUAACAAUCGGAAAGAUUAAUGCUUGGUCAAAGCCAUCACUGGAUCCGUCUGCGUUUAAGCAAAGGGAGCUGACGACGAAUACAUGGUCCCAUAUGCAGCCCUCUCACCAGAAGCCUCUAUCCGCUAUAGACAGAGCCAUAGCACACCACACCAAGGAGGCAUCCAGCAGCAAACAGUGGCCACACUUUGCAUACCACAGGGUGACCUCUAGUCCACAGAUUCUAGCCCAACAGCAAAAGGAGGCCCAGCAGAGGGCACGCCACAGAAGCGCAUACAUUGCAGUAUCAGUGAUCGCGCCACCAGGGAAGAGCAAGGGAUUCAACAAGAAUCAGCGCAGAACCAACGGCUCUGUACUGCUGACACAUAACGAACUUAAUGAGCCCGCAACCGAACCUUCCGUCACACGCCUCCCCGACAAAAUGGACGAACUCUUGGUGUUGCGGUCCGAGAAACAGAAGUUCCCGGAAGGAGAGGAUCUACUGGAAGAGCAGUUGGUAGACUUGGCAGUGUCGGGGCAGCAACAGCAGCAGCAGCGCUCCGCUGUGCCUUGGACUCACACCAGGCACCUCGACAAAAUUCAGGAGCAACUAAAAACACUUUCAGCCAUGGGCAAGAAGCUACGUUAUCAUUGGUUGGAAAAAGAGAGACUUCUCCAAAUUCUGAGAGAUGGUGGCAAGAGUGGUUCAGGUUUCUUCAGAUCACUGCGAGAUGACAGCACAGGACAAGAAACUGCAACAGUCACAACAACUACAACCAUUGAUCCUCCAAACCAUUUGAAUACCCCUCAUACAACACACCUAACAUCAACACCUUAGCAAAUGUUAACUGAAUUAAAAUAUUCUGAUUCCAUCAGUUAAUAUCACUGAAAAAUGAAUACAAAUGGAGGGGUCAUGAUUAUUGGUUUCAAGAAACUUUUUGACAGGCCAACAGUGGCAGAUAUGAAUUGCUGUAGAAGGAAUGCAAGUUUGAACAUUUGGGCACAGAAAAUGGUGAAGUCUUUUGCUAGUAAACCAUAUCAGUUUGGGUAUGUGCCACAUUUGAGCAGCAAACAGUGAAAGCUGGAGAUAAUUAAAACUGAAACAACAGUGAAUGACUUUGUGCAAAAUAGCAAUAUCAUAUAGCAUAUUGAUAGAGAAUAGUUGUGAUUUAAUAUGAUAAUUUUCCUGUUGAUACAUGACAGACAGAAAUCGUUACUGCUGCUGCUUUAUCACAUUCAACAUUGGUUAUAGGCUUUCUUUAAAAAAUAAAAGAGAACUCCAUAUGUGGAGUUCAUGUCUGUCCAUGUGUCUAAGCCACUGGACAGAUUUUUUCAUAAUUUGAUAUAGGAACUGUCCAUCAAAAGUUACUGGACCGUUCAGAUUUUCAGGCAUACUGAGUCAUAUUAAAGCCUAGUUUGCAAAAAUGGACUUUUCCAUGCAACCUACAAACUCAUUCACAUAUUUUAUAGAAAUUCAUCCUUUGAGGCCUUCACCAGAACUUGUCUUAGACUUCCAGCCUAUUUCUAUUGCACCCUAUAUUACAUGCUUGUAUGGCUAUAAAUAUAAAGUAUGGCAUUAACUGUUUUGCACAUUUUGAUGAAAUUUAAUAAUGGAGACUUUCAUGAAAACUGUCAGGCAGCUAGAUUUUCAGCCAUAUAAGAAAUCCUUGACUUUUCCCUGCCAGUUACAUUAUAAACCUUUCCACCGGUAUUCUUGAAGUUCAGUAUGGGAGACUUUAAUUGCUUUGCAUUUCAUUAUUCCCAUUAUAUUAAACUUCAAAGAACAUCACUGGUAAGUUUGGGCAUCACAUUGUGAAGCACAAUCUUCCCCAUCUUUCUCAUGAAAAUAAACGUCAUUCAUACCUCCAUGGCAGCGCAUAAUAACCGAAUGGUUCCAAUGUUCAGAGGCAGCCAGUACAUUAUGUUAAUAUAAUAUACUGUUAUGAUUAUGGGCUUAAACUCAGUUUCAUCCCUCUGAAGGGUUAGGGUUUUCAGCCUUCAAAAAAUUGUGAAAUAUUAAACUAUCAAAAUAUUAAAUGAAACUAUAUUACUUGCAUUCUACAAAAAUCUGUGACAUGAACAAUAUGAAGUGUCCAGCUGGAAGGUAGUUUAUCAUAAAAACUUACAUGGAUAUCGAAAGGCAUUUAUGUGAUAUUUGCAGAGCUUAAACAGUAAUUAUAGAACAAGUUGAGUGAUUAGCUCCAUUAUUGGGUACUUCAACUCCAGAUACAAAACUCAGUGGAUAAGAGAUUAGUUCUGCCUCAUAUCCAUUCCAGUGGUCUUGCCUUUCCCAAGAAUAAACUCCUUGCCUUGCAGUGACUGAGAAAUGAAUAUUUCUUUGCCUAUAUAGUGGCAACAGA